AUGCGCGCUCUCACUCUUCUAGCAGUGCUCUUCGGAGCCUCAUCAACAGCUACUCUGAUCCACACCGAGUUUCCCCACCUCCUCAUUGCCCUAAAGCAAUCACAGCCCGACACCCAUUUCGACACCCAAUUCGAUGCAACCGUCAGCUACUUCAACGCCACAGGGCUCUCGAAACAUGUCGAAAUCUCUUUCGAUGUCCCAGACAACGAAGCAGCCAUUUGCCGCCUAAACUUCCUUAUCAACACGUCGCCUCAAAAGAACGCUCCUUACUCCCUUUCCGGCAUGCCUCCUUAUGCAUUGAACAUUUCGCGCCUGCAGCCCACCAUCAACAAGGACACCGAUACCUGGAACAGCCGGCCCAAUGUCACAGAUUAUAUGGCGACGUAUCUGCUGACCCAGGCGGGUAGCGUAAGCACGGCAUUUUCCAAGUGGUUUCCGUGCCCAAAAGGUCAAAUUGCGCAGUUCCUGUUGUUGCCUGCUGAUGAGGAGAGGGAUUUUGAGUAUUAUUGGUUUGAGCUGGAUUACCCGAAGCAGGAUGGUGGGCCGCAUGGUGUGGUGUUGGAGAUGCAUACCUGA